AUGAAACAACGCUUCUCGUCCAUCGACGUCCGAGUCCUGUCUCUCGAACUUGCCUCCGUCAUCACCUCUCUGCGUGUCUCCAACAUCUAUGACUUGUCAUCACGCAUCUUCCUCUUCAAAUUCCAGAAACCGGGCUCCAAACAACAGUUGCUCGUCGACUCUGGUUUCCGCUGUCACCUGACAUCCUUCGCCCGCACCACCGCUGCCGAGCCCUCUCCAUUCGUCAAGCGAUUGCGGAAAUAUCUGAAGAGCAGAAGAGUCACCGGCGUCAAGCAGAUCGGCACGGACAGAGUCAUUGAGAUCGAUUUCUCGGGCCAGUACAAACUCUACCUCGAAUUUUUCGCCGCGGGAAACGUCAUUCUCACCGAUGCCGACUUGAACGUGCUCGCGUUGCUGCGGCAGGUGAAUGAAGGUGACGACAAUGUCGAUGUGCGGGUGGGCGGCAAGUAUGUGCUUGAGGCAAAGCAGAACUACAACGGAGUGCCGCCCGUAAGCGCAGAGCGGGCUAGAGAUGCGCUGGAGAAGGCUGCUGCCCGGGCAGAGGUAGCUAAAGAGGCUGGCGGGAAGAAGGCCAAGCGAGCCAAGGGCGGCGACGACCUCAGGAAAGCCUUGAGCGCUGGAUUCCCGGAGUAUCCGGCCCAUCUGCUUGAUUGCGCCUUCUCGGAGACGGAGACCGAUGUUUCGUGGUCAAUAUCAUCCGUUCUGGAGGACGACUCGAAGCUCGACAAAGUCAUCCAAUCCCUCAGACAUGCCGAGUCACUCUUCAGGGGUCUGGAAACCGGCCCCUGGCAUGGGUACAUAGUGGCAAAGCUAAAAGAUGAUGCUCCUCCGGCCGAAAGUGGUACGCAGCCAACCCGCGAGUCGCUUCUUUACGACGACUUUCACCCCUUCAGGCCCACGCAGUUUGCCCAGAAGGAGAGAACACACAUACUCGAAAUCCCAGGCUUCAACGCCGCAGUCGACGACUUUUACUCUUCCAUCGAAUCCCAGAAGCUCUCCUCCCGCCUUACCGAGCGAGAAGAGCGCGCCCGUCAGAAGAUCGAGUCGGCGAAGAGCGAGCACGACAAGCGUCUCGGUGCCCUGCAACACGUGCAGGAAAUCCACAUUCGAAAAGCACAGGCGAUUGAGGUGAACACACAUCGGGUAGAGGAGGCGUGCGCAGCUAUCAAUGGGUUAAUUGGCCAGGGCAUGGACUGGGUUGAUAUUGGGAAGCUGAUCGAGGGGGAGCAGGAUCGCGGCAAUGUGGUCGCAAGCAUGAUCAAGCUGCCGUUGAAGCUGGAGGAGAACACUGUGACGCUGUUGCUGGAGGAGGCGAGCUUUGAGGACUCUGAUUCAGAAGACGAGGACAAAACCGACAGUGAAGCAAGUGACUCCGACGAUGAAGAUACUCGCACAGUCAAGAAGCCCGAAGUGAAAUCUCAGGACAAGCGACUGCCUGUCGACAUCGAUCUCGCCCUCUCGCCAUGGUCCAAUGCCCGACAGUACUACGAUCAGAAAAAGCUCGCUGCCGUCAAAGAGCAAAAAACCCUGCAGGCGUCUUCCAAGGCUCUCAAGUCCACCGAGCGCAAAAUCACCGAAGAUCUCAAGCGCGGCCUGAAGCAAGAGAAGGACGUCCUUCGUGAAGUCCGGCAGCUUUUCUGGUUCGAGAAGUUCCUGUGGUUCAUUUCGUCCGACGGCUAUCUGGUGCUGUCGGGUAAAGAUGCGCCGCAGAGCGAGAUUUUGUUCCGUCGAUAUCUCAGAAAGGGGGAUAUCUACGUACAUGCAGACUUACCGGGCGCGAGUCCAGUCGUGGUGAAGAACAACCCGAAAACACCAGAUGCUGUAAUUCCACCGGGCACGCUGAGUCAGGCCGGAGCGUUCUGCGUAUGUGGAAGCACUGCGUGGGAGAGCAAGGCUAUCAUGAGUGCGUGGUGGGUGGAGGCAGAGAGAGUGAGUCGUGUGCAUGAGCAGACGGGGGAGUUGAUCAGUGGUGGUGGUGUCGCGGUGAAGGGCAAGAAGAACUGGUUGCCACCCACGCAAUUACUGCUAGGCUUCGCGGUUGGGUGGCUUAUCAGCGCGGAAAGUAGAAAGAACCACGGCAAGCUUCGAGUGGGCGGUGGCGAACAGCAGCUGGAUGAAGGCGUUCGUGACUUGAACAUUCAGGAUCAGCGGGAUUCUGAAGUUGGAGCGGAAAUUGAUGACGAGGAAGAGGUGGAGGAUGAGGACAAUACCGAUAAGGAAGAUGGCGGCGCCGAAAUCGUGCCAGACGUAGAAGAUGCGGCAGAUGUUGCAGAGCAUGACAUUGAAGAAGAUGUUGCGAAUACCGCAGCUGCCGAUGAGGAGGAAGGCAAUGCCUCAGACGCCCGCAGCGACGACGAAGCAGAGGCGGAUUUCCCACGCUCUAAUCCUCUGCAACUCAACGGCUCUUCACUCCCGCAAGAUACCAAUCGGCCGUCGGAGGACAUGACUCUCAACGACGACGACGACAACGAAGCCAGCGACGACGACCCAACCUCUGACCCCACAGACCCCAUCCCCUCCACCACAGAGCCCAGCACCCGCCCCGACACACCCGCCUUCUCGAUCGCCGCCUCCGCACCUGUCCAGCCCACCAACAACACCAAAUCCAAACCCCAGCCCGCUGCCCCUACAACCCGCGGCAAGCGCAGCAAAGCCAAAAAGGCCGCGCAGAAAUACGCCCACCAAGACGACGAAGACAAAGCCCUCGCCAUGGAGCUACUGGGCUCGACCAAAGCCGCCGAGCGCCGCGCCGCCGAAGAAGAAGCCAAGCGCCAGCGCGACGCCAAAGCCGCGCAGGACCGCGAGCGGCGCAAGGCGCAGCACGAGCGCGCCGCGGCCCGCGAGCAGGAACGCGCGAAACGCCUAGCUGCCGCUUACGCUAGCGGGGCCGCCGGCCAAGGGGCAGGCGCCGCGGAAACGGUGGACGAAGAGGUGUCCCCCGAGGAACUGGAGCGCGAGCGCCGCGAGCUGGAGGACGUGGAUCUCAUCGUGGCGAGUCCCGCGGCGGGGGACGAGGUGCUGGCGGCGAUACCCGUGUGCGCCCCGUGGGGCGCGCUGAGCCGGCACAAGUACAAGGUGAAGCUGCAGCCGGGGAACCUGAAGAAGGGGAAGAUGGUGCGCGAGGUGCUGGGCAUGUGGGCGGGGCUGGAGAAGAGGGGGCCCAAGGUCGUGGAUGAGGCGAGUCGUGAUAAGGAGAAGGUGUGGCGCGUCGAGCUGGAGAGGCUGAAGGCGCUCCGGGACGUGGAGGUCUUGGGGUGCGUGCCUGUUAGGGGGUGUCGGGUCGUGCAGGGUGGUGGGAUGUUGGCGGGCGCGACGGGGAAUAAAGGCGGCGGCGGGGGAGGGAAGGGGAAGGGCGCCGCGGCUAGAGGCUCGAAGGGGGGCAAGAAGCGGUGA